AUGCAACUCUCCCACCUUCUGCUCCUCGCCGGUGCGCUCACCGCCACUGCCCACCCUUCCGGCCAUGCCCACCUCCACCGCAGCAUCCAUGAGAAGCGCGAAGGAGGUAUCACCUUCCUCAAGGCCGUUCACAAGCCCCUCCCUGAGCCAACUGAGACUGCCCCUGAACCCACUCCCGAACCUCCCAAGGCAUCCAUCGCAGCUGUAGAGCCCUCUCCUUCGCCCAAGCCCAAGCCCGAGCCCGCUCCUGCUCCCGCCCCUGCUAAGGAGGAGAGCGAGAGCAGCAACGACUCUGACUCGGAAGAUGGUUACAAACCCUUCUGCGGCUCCAGCAAGAGGAAGACCAAGCGUGUCACCUGGGAGCAGAUUCAUUACACCGGUAACACCGGCACUGCUAACGGCUGCCCAUGGAACUCCAACCUCCAGGUCGUUUCCACCAAGGCCUCCAAGCAAUACAAGUACGUUCAGAACUACAAAAACGUCGGCAAGGUCCCCUAUGAGGUCAUUUGCUUCAACAAGAUCGGUGCCGAUGGCGGUGUGACUGGCUCCUUCAAGGUCGAGGGUCAGAAUCAGCUCGUUUUCAAGCUCCAACCCGGCGAGACCAAGUCUGUUGUUGCCGAUUCCAACACACAGGGUGUUUGCGCCUUCGCGCCAAACUCUGUCCCCACCACCAGCCACGGCCAAUACGCCGGCAACUGGGCCGAGUUCGACUUCGAGAACACUAGUAACAAGGGGUGGUCCGGCGCCGACUGCUCUUCCCUCGUUGCCCAGGCUUACAACAUGGACUUCCCCGGCUGCCGCAUGUCCCAGGGCGGUGUUGAUUCAUCCAUCUACCCCGACGGAACUGCCGAGAACGCCUACAUUCGCGGGUUGGAGGCUGAGGAUGGCAUUGGCCUCAACAUCGAGCCCGGCCCGACCGUCAUCGAGGUCCUCUGCGGUCUCGAGAAGGGCAUGUAA